AUGGCUAACGGUAAACCCAUCAAUCUUCCUUUCGAAGUCUCUAGACGCAACCUUUGGUCAAAUAUUGCGAUAAAUUCGGCUUUCGGUCUGGGUAUAUAUUUCCUCUACAAAGACUACAAAAGUAGCGAUCACAAACGAACAAGCGACCGGGCAACUAGACCCGUCACACAAGAGCUCCCUGACCCUAUCACACAAACGCCUACUAGUGUCCAUGGACCCUUAGCACGAAGAAAUAUCUCUUACAGAGAGUUGUCAUUUGCUACGGUAGGCUAUGGUUUCGUGAUGCAGCUGGCGAACAUGGCGCACGUGACGUAUGACAAAAAAUCAUUGUCCUAUAAAGCAGGUCUAGCGUCAGUAAUUCUAUAUCCGCCUCUACUGUACUAUUUGUACGCGGCUCGCGAGCCAACUCACUAA